CCAGGAGUGAGCGUAGGGGCGGGCAGUCAGCGCCCGCCUGAGGCAAUGGGUAGGAAGCAUCGGAACGUUGGAGGUGGAGCUUGUGGCGGGCCAGUGAUCGAAGGAAGGGUCGAGGCGGCUGGUGGAGCUGUCGGAGGGAGCACGUGACAAGAAGCGCUGGGGCUGCCCGGAGUCCUGAGGCGGGUGGGGUGUCGAGUGAGGCCAUGAAACAAAAGUGGUUGCUGUGUGCAGCACUGCUGUUAGCUGGGAUCUCUCUGGUCUUGGCACAUGAUGUGGAUGAUGAUGAUGAUGAUAUAAUAGAUGUUGAAGAUGACAUUGAAGAUGGGGUUGAAGACAUAGAGGAAUUGAAGCAUGAAGCCACCACUCCACCUCCACUCCCAAAGGUUACAUAUAAGGCCCCAGUCCCAACGGGAGAAGUUUAUUUCGCUGAAAACUUCGAUAAGGGAACUUUGGAAGGGUGGGCUCUUUCCAAGGCUAAGAAGGAUGAUACAGAUGAUGAGAUUGCCAAAUAUGAUGGUAAAUGGGAAGUGCAAGAAAUGAAAGACACUAAACUUCCAGGGGAUAAAGGGCUUGUGCUGGUUUCCAGAGCGAAGCAUCAUGCAAUUUCUGCCAAACUUAACAAGCCCUUUGUUUUUGAUACCAAGCCCCUCAUUGUACAAUAUGAGGUGAAUUUCCAAAAUGGAAUUGAAUGUGGUGGCGCAUAUGUGAAGUUGCUUACUAAAACUCCUGACUUGAACCUGGAUCACUUCCAUGACAAAACUCCUUACACGAUCAUGUUUGGGCCAGACAAAUGUGGGGAGGACUACAAAUUGCACUUCAUCUUCCGACACAAGAACCCGAAGACCGGGAAGUAUGAAGAGAAACAUGCAAAGCGACCUGAUGCAGAUUUGAAGAACUACUUUACUGACAAGAAGACUCAUCUGUACACGUUGGUUUUGAAGGCAGACAACAGCUUUGAAAUUCUGAUUGAUCAAAUGGUUGUAAACAGUGGGAAUCUGCUCUCUGAUAUGACCCCCCCUAUAAAUCCACCACGUGAGAUAGAGGACCCAAAUGAUCAGAAGCCAGAAGAUUGGGAUGAGAGAGCAAAGAUUCCAGAUCCAGAGGCAGUUAAACCAGAUGAUUGGGAUGAGGAUGCUCCUGCUAAGAUACCAGAUGAGGAUGCCGUGAAGCCAGAAGGUUGGUUAGAUGAUGAACCAGAGUAUAUUCCUGACCCUGAUGCAGAGAAGCCAGAGGAUUGGGAUGAAGAUAUGGAUGGAGAGUGGGAGGCACCUCAGAUUGCAAAUCCCAAAUGUGUGUCAGCCCCUGGCUGUGGUGUCUGGCAGCGGCCAACUAUUGACAAUCCUAACUAUAACGGCAAAUGGAAGCCUCCCAUGAUUGAUAACCCAAACUACCAGGGCAUUUGGAAGCCAAGGAAGAUUCCAAACCCAGACUUUUUUGAAGACUUGGAACCUUUCAGAAUGAGCCCUUUCAGUGCUCUGGGACUUGAGUUAUGGUCUAUGACAUCUGACAUAUUCUUUGAUAACUUCAUUAUCUGUACAGACCGAGCAGUAGCAGAUGACUGGGCUAAUGAUGGAUGGGGUCUGAAGAAGGCAGCUGAUGGUGCUGCUGAGCCUGGUGUUGUGAGCCAGAUGAUGGCAGCAGCUGAAGAGCGUCCUUGGCUUUGGAUAGUCUACAUCCUGACUGUGGCUUUACCUGUGUUCCUUGUUGUUCUCUUCUGCUGCUCUGGAAAGAAACAACCAAGUGCUGCAGAGUACAAAAAAACAGAUGAACCUCAGCCAGAUGUAAAUGAGGAAGAGAAGAUGGAGGACACGAACAAGGGAGAAGCCAAAGAAGAAGAGGAAGAAGCAAAAGAAGAAAAGCCAGCAGAGAAGAAGAAUGAUGGUGAUGCAGGAACUGCUAGUCAAGAGGAAGAGGAGGAAGAGGAAGAGGAGGAGGAAGAGAAGGCAGAGGAAGAAGAUAGUAAUCCUGUUACAGAGGUGGAAGAAACUGUGAAUAGAUCUCCCAGAAACAGAAAACCAAGAAAAGAUUGAAAUAUCCUAAGAACUUGAUCUGAUUAAUUUUCCCUCAACAUGGUUUUGGGAGAGGACCUUGGAUACCUUUUGCUGAAACACAAAAAAACCUCAAGAUUCACCAUCCACAGGUUCCUGUCAAAUGCUCUCCUGUGUAAAUGAGUGUUUAGCAGUCAAAUAUUGCAAUUGUGUUUUUAAAUAGAAUAUCCCUGUAGAAAGAGAAUGCAUUUAACACAACCCAGCUAUGAAUUUCUGGAAUGUUAUAAAAACUAACAUUUUUCUUUGUUUUUAAAUAGAGUGAUAGACUUGCCAGUCUUAAAACCUUGGCUUGAAAUUACUAUAGCAAUCUAUCAGUGGAAAUGAACAGCAACUCCUAGAAGAAAUGCUAAGUAUACAGUUUUUUUUAACAAACAUGGACAUUUAUUCAACAACAUUUGUUCCCUUAGUUUGAUCAUGUUAAACAAAUGGUCAGUGCCAUUGUAUGGUGCUGAUAGGAUGAGUUUAAAAUCCAUUUAAAGAAAUGUAUUAACUUUAUUUUUGUCUUAUAAAAGGAACACCAUAAAGAGGCCAUGAAAUAAAUACAUUGGUCAUCGGUAUUGCCCAGAUGAAACAGUAUUCACAAUCAGUCGAAGUUGGGGAAUGGAUUCUCAUUUAGGGUACUAAGACUGACACUGAUCUUUCUUGUUGCUUUAGGCCUUAAAUUCUUCUCAAUUUGGAAUUUGUUUUUGUAUUUGAAGUUUUUUUUACAGUUUUUUCUGUGGUUUUUGAAACUUCCACCUUCUGCUGCUGCUAUGCAGCUUGUUCAGAAUGCAGCUUAGCUGCUACAGAAUACAUAUGUUUAGCUCACUGUUAAGUCUGUUGUUGUUGGGUUUUUUUAAUUGCAAAGAUAGAACUACUUCUUUUUUGGGUCCAAACACUGUGGACAGGACAGUGUUACUAACUUUCUCAUUGUUGCCAUUGUAUGUACCUUCAUGCACUAAAAUGAGAUGCAGGCAAGGUGAUCUAAAGACUUGCACCAAAAUUAGAUGUCAGUAUUCAUGGCUGAAAGGAGGGAACAUGAAAACAUACUGGGCAUAUGUAACAUUUGGAAUCUCAAUCUGCUCUUUAUGUAUCAAACUCUAUUGUGAAUGUAGGGGGUUCCAGUUUCAGCUAAAUAAAUUUUUUUAAAACUGUGUUGCAUUGAGUAUAUAGAGAUUCAGAACUCCUUUUUAAGAGAUACCAACCAUUAGAGUGUAUACCUUUAAUGAUAACAUGUAAUUCCUGAUUAUUUAUUGUGGGAAGGAAAGAAGAACGAAUACUUGGCCACUGGCUAAUCUCUAUUUAAAAUAUAUGAGCAAAACUGCUGUACAUGCACUGAAUAGAAACACUCCAGUAACAGAGAGCAUUUGCUACCUGCAAGUAUAAUUGUCCCUGUUCAGAUUUGUGCCUGUAAAGGCACUAUAGAACUUCUUCACUUGGUCAGUGCAUCGCUUUUCCAAACUUGGCUAAAGGCAUUUAUGGAUCAUUUUGCUUUCAGAAACCAAAAUAUAUACAUCUUGUAAAACUUC